AUGGCGGCAUUAAUUGAUUCUUACUGUUUGGUUGGCCGGAGUGAAGUUCAUGAUUUUGUAAAACGAUGCAUGGUGGCUACAGGAGUCGAGGAGUCUCAUGCCGUUGACCUUGCAAAUCUACUUGUUGCAGCUGAUACAAGGGGGCAUUUUAGUCAUGGUAUCAAUAGACUGGGAAUGUAUGUUGAUGAUAUAUUACUGGGAACCACAGCAAAAACUGGUAGUCCAGAAAUAGUGAAAGAAAAGGCUGGAACAGCUCUUGUAGAUGCAAAAAAUGUCCUAGGGCCAGUUGCUGGAAAGUUUUGCACUGACCUGGCAAUACAAAAGGCCAAAGAAGCAGGAAUCGGUUGGGUUUCAUGCAGAGGCUCAAAUCAUUAUGGCAUAGCUGGUUGGUAUUCAAUGAGGGCAUCAGAGCAAGGACUAAUUGGAAUGUCGUUUACAAACACAUCACCACUGCAAGUCCCAACAAGAGCUGUUAAGCCUGCUUUGGGGACAAACCCAAUUUCUGUAGCUGCACCAUGCAAGGGAGAUGAUUUCGUACUGGAUAUGGCCACUUCAACUGCAGCAGUUGGCAAGGUUGAGAUGAAUCAUAGAAAAGGGAUUGAGAUUCCAAGGGGAUGGGGUGUAGACAGUCAAGGUAAAGAAACAAAUGAUCCACAGAAGGUCCUUGAUGGCGGUGGACUUCUUUCCGUUGGAGGUGUCGAAUCAUCAGGUGGCUACAAGGGUUAUGGUUUGGCAAUGAUGGUUGAGAUAUUCUGCGGAAUACUGUCUGGAUCACUUUACGGACCAUAUAUUCGAUCUUGGUUGAAUGCUUCAAAGGAAGAUUUGCGGCCAGCAAAUUUGGGACAAUGCUUUGUAGCGAUUGACCCCUCUGCGUUUGCUGAUGGCUUCGAAGAUAGAAUGGCGGAUAUAAUGUCAUAUUGCAGGAAUUUGGAACCGGCCGAGGGCGAAACAGAAGUUCUUGUCGCUGGUGACCCUGAGCGAAAACACAUUAGGAAAGUAGAGGAGAAUGGGGGGAUACACUACCAUGUCAACGUCAUUGAAGCCAUGAAUAAAAUUGCUGACAAACUGAAAGUUUCAAAAAUAGAAACAAAAUGACAUGUUGAACCAUGUGAGUGAAUGCGACAAAUGUUUGAUUAUAUUUUGAAUGCUACAAAUGAAUAUAGUUUUUGCAAUAAAUAUGGGGAAUUUUCAUACAAUAUCAAAUUAAAUGGUGAUAUAUAA